AUGUGGGAACUGAUUUGUUUUGAAUUAAACAAUGAUUUAAAUUUGCAAAGACCACUACCAAUCGCAAUCUACAUCGUUUUCGAUUGUAUGAAGUUGAUUGAUGAGAAAAUGAGUAAUCGGCCGAGCACGCGCAACAAAAACAAGAGGCCACGAUCGGAUAAUAAUGCUGAAAUCGUUUCUGAAUUAUACAGGAAAAUUCACUUGUCUGGGGAAGUGUCAAAGGAUGAUAUAAAGCAGAUAUAUAUGUUUGGGAAGCCAGUAUGUCAAGGGUGUCGAGUAAACACAAAAGAUAAUCCCAACUGCUUUUGUGGGUUGAUUCCACCUUCAAAUGGAAACAGAAAAUCUGGUUUAUGGCAAAAGACAUCAGAGAUUGUUUUCUCACUGGGCCCCGAUCCUUCUAAAGAUCUUCGUGAUUCCCUCAACACGCCAGCUGGCCUAACAAAUCUUGGAGCAACAUGUUAUGCAAACAGCAUUCUCCAGUUUUUAUACAUGAACAAGUCAUUCAGAGAAGGUGUACUAUCUGUUGAACCAGAGGUUUUGUCAAAACAGCCUGUUUUGGGUCAACUUGCUCGACUCUUUGCUCAGCUUCAUGCUAGUAAAAUGGCAUUUAUUGAUUCAGCUCCUUUCAUUGAAGCACUGGCAUUGGAUAAUGGUAUUCAGCAAGAUAGUCAUGAGUUCCUUACAUUGCUUUUUUCUUUGCUUGAGCAAUGUUUGAGCUGUUCACAAGUUUCAAAAGCAAGAUCAGUUGUUCAAGAUCUCUUUCGUGGAGGAGUGUCACAUGUAACCAAGUGUUCUAAAUGUGGGAACCAAUCAGAAGCCUCAUCAAAUGUUGAAGACUUUUAUGGAGUGGAGUUAAAUGUCAAGGGUUUGAAGAGUUUGGAUGAAAGUUUAGAUGACUAUCUUUCUGUUGAAGAGCUUCAAGGGGAUAAUCAGUACUUUUGUGAUUCAUGUGCCACUCGUGUAAAUGCUACACGUAGCAUCAGACUGCAGUCACUGCCACCUGUCCUUAUUUUCCAGCUCAAACGUUGUGUUUUCCUCCCAAAUACUACAACAAAGAAGAAGAUAACCUCUGCAUUUUGUUUCCCUGGACAUGUUGACAUGGGACAACGGUUAUCCAAUGAAACUGAAUCUGAAUUGAUAUAUGAUUUAUCAGCAGUUUUGAUUCACAAGGGUGUAGCUGUAAAUAGUGGCCACUAUGUAGCCCAUAUUAAAGAUCAAGACACAGGGGUAUGGUGGGAAUUUGAUGAUGAAACUGUCUCAGACAUGGGUCAACACCCUUUUGGUGAUAAACCUCAUCCACCUGGACAAUCUUGCCCCUCUGAACCUAAUACUCUGGUAAAUGGAAACCACAUGGAUGUUUCUGGAACUACUACUGAUGUACAAACAUUCUCUUCAAACGAUGCAUAUAUGCUGAUGUAUUCUCUUAGACAUCAAUCCAAUGGUGAUAUAAAACCACAAAUGGGAUCUUGUGAUUCUUAUCUCCCAUCUCAUCUUUUGAAUGAAGUUAACGAGUUAAACAAGUCAUAUCUUGAUUCUUGUGAGAAUUACAAGAUAAAAAAAGAAGAAAAAUUAAGUCUUAUAACAGAAAGGCGACAUGAAGUAAGGUCAGUUAUCUCUGAAGCUCCUGUUAAGCCAUUAAUGGAGCCAAAACCAUUUUGGUGGAUUUCAGUAGACUGGUUACGCCAAUGGGCUGAUAACUUCACUCCUAGUAUAAUCGACAACACUUCAAUCCAAUGCUCACAUGGGAAAGUUCCAGUUUCCAAGAUUUGCUCCAUGAAAAGGUUAUCAGCCACAGCUUGGCAUAAAAUAUCUUCCAAGUAUGGAGGUGGGCCCGAGUUAGGUGAAAACGACUGCUGCAUUGAGUGUCUUAAGGAAACAGCACGUGCUACAGUGAGUGCUGAUAGCUAUAGAGAUGGAAGAAGUGUAAUGAAAGAAUAUGCAGAAGCAGCUCUUGCUGGAAAAUCCCUUGAUGGACCUUUGUAUUACAUAUCCAAGGCAUGGUUGAGUCAAUGGAUAAGAAGAAAAAACAUUGACUCUCCAUGUGAUGCGGAUACUGGGCCAACAGCUUCAAUCAGGUGUGAGCAUGAUCAGCUUAUGCCUGAACAAGCACCUGGAGCCAAACGUGCCCUAAUUCCAGAAACUUUGUGGGAAUUUAUUUAUAAAGCAUCCAAUGAAGUGAAGCCUGAUGAUAUGAUUGGCUGUAUGGUUUUUCCUUCAGACUCUGAAACAUGCUCUCAUUGCUGUUCUAAACUCUCUAUAGACACAAACAAAGAGGAUAGCCUAAGGGAUUUUAAACUAAAACAACGCCAAUCUCAUGAGAAAUUGGCUCUUGGGAAAAGCGUACCUCUUUUCCCACAAGAUAGAUACUAUUUGUUGCCAUCUUCAUGGCUUGCCACGUGGCGAACCUACAUCACGACAAGUGGCAAGAAUGCAUCUUCUAUUGAAAAACCAGAAAACCUCAAUAUCACCAUUGAGUCACUGAAAUGUGUACAGCACUCGAAGCUUCUUCAAAGGCCUCCUGAUCUUGUAAGAAAACGUGGUGCAAUUCUCCAAAAGGCUCCUGCUGUAGAUGAGUUGACAAUUAUCACUGAAAAUGAUUGGACUUCAUUCUGUAAAGACUGGAAUGCUAUCGAGGAAAAAGGGAUAACUGCUGAAAUUGAUUUAAGUAAUUCUGGUGAAGAUAUUUUAAUGGGAACAUCUGAAGAUAUGCCAAUCACAGAGGAGAAUGUUAACUCUCUUGAUGAAGUAAAUGGUGACACUGAAUCUCAAGGGCCGAUAAUCAAAACUUAUCCUGAGGUGUGUGAAGAUUGCAUUGGUGAAAGAGAAAGCUUGGAGUUAGGGAAGAAGCUCAACUAUGUUGAUGAGGAUAUUUGCAUUUGUUUUGUUCGUGGGAAAGAACCUCCAAAAUACAUUCUAGAAGGUUCUGGAAACAUCCUUGAGCCAAAUCGCCGGUUAUCUAAACGUUCUAGAAGGACAACUUAUGGAAACUCGGUGAAUUUAAAUGUUUCGGGGUCCACAACUCUCUAUGACCUCAAGAUGAUGAUCUGGCAAUCAUUUGGGAUUGUGAAGGAAAACCAGAUACUUCACAAAGGUUCAAAGAUAGUUGAUGGAGAAAAAUCUACUCUUGCGGAUAUGUAUAUUUUCCCGGGUGAUGUUUUAUGGGUCACGGAUACUGAGAUCCAUGAGAACCGUGACAUUGCAGAAGAGCUUUCUACAAAAAUGGAGGUGCAACAAUCAGAGGGAGGAAAACCAACGGAUUUUGGUAAAUAUUUUCCAAGAAGGCUGGCAAGUUAUGUUGGUGGACAUGGGGCUCGUUUGUUUGCUAAAAGUGUGUAAAAUUUCUUGAGUUUGGAAAGAUUGUUGGUUUUUUGGUACCUUAAGUGAUCAAAUGAGCAUAGCACUCUUAUAUUUUGUUAAAAGAGCUCGCUCUCUCUCUUUCUAUAUAUAUAAUAUCAUGCCAAUCAUUGGCAAUGGCGUUCACCAGUUUUUCAUGUUUAUGAUUUGCCGAAUUCAGUAAAAACUUGCUUUUAU